AAAAAAGUUUUCAUCUGGUCAAACUACUUAUUGGGUCUGUGUGAAUGAGAAUUGUAAAGGGAAAGUGAAUUUACUUAAUGGUGCAAUUGUGAGGCAAUCUGAUCAUUGCCAUGAACCUGAAACUUCAAAGCUUGCUAGUAUACAGCAAAAAAAUAAUGCCAAAGAAAUCGCUGGACAAUCUGAAUAUUGUAAUGUUAAAUCAGCAUACAAUGAUGCUACAAAUGCAGUUCUGGCUAGUUCAACGUUACCAUUGGACGAAGUAUUAUCAGGACUAAAAACUUUUGGUCAACUCAAAGGGACAAUCAACCGUGUCCGUGCAUCUCGUUUCCCCAGUCUUCCUAAAUCAAGAAGUGAAAUUGAUAUACCGACUGGACUACAAUUCAGUGGCGAUGAAAAGUUUUUUCAAGUUGAUGACGGCAAUGAAGAUAAAAUUUUGGUAUUUGCAACGAACGCAUUCCUUCAUCAUUUAUGCUCAUCAGGACAUGUUUAUGCGGAUGGGACUUUUAAAAGCGUGCCGCAUCUUUUCGCGUCCCUUUAUACUUUGCAUGUAAUGGUCAACUCAAUGAUGGUACCAGUAGUAUAUGCAUUACUGCCAGAUUCAACUAUGGCCACAUAUGUGCGUUUGUUCAGAAUUAUUCAGGAUAUGUGCUGCAAAUUAGAUUUAACCUGGCGACCUACUCAAUUCACGACGGACUUUGAACUGGCGACCAUAAAAGCAAUCAAUCUAAUCUUUCCGGCCUGCGAAUUGAAGUGUUGUUUAUUCCACUUCAGCCAAAGUCUAUGGCGUAACGUUGGAAAGCAUGGACUAGUUGAACGUUAUAAAGCCAAUGUAGACAAUGUUAAGUCUACAGUCAAGCGUAUUUCAGCCCUGCCGGUUAUAGCUAUCUCCGACAUUGAAACAACUUAUACGCAAAUAAAAAUAGAAGCGCCUGAUGAUCUAGCAAUGCACCAUUCAUGA